AUGAAAUCUCAAGAACGGCGUAACAAUAGUUGUGAUGAAAUAAAAAAAAAUACUCAUUAUUUCAUUUUUGUCAUAGCCAAAACCACUCUCCUACUAGCAGUCGCGUUCUUGUCGCUCCUGCCACAGACAGCUGACGCAGUGUCUUGCUUCAAAUGUGCAGCUGACGACAAAGAAUGCAACGACCCGUUCAAUGCCAAAGAGAGUAAGGUCUCCAAAUGCACUGGCAAGUACUGCCUAAAGUCCAAAGCGACUUUUAACGGUGUCUCGGGCGUGGGCAGGGACUGUGCGGAGGAGGUCAGCAUUGAGGGCUGCGUGUCGAUUACAGUGCAGGAUGUACCGACCACCGUGUGUACCUGCAAAACCGAGCUCUGUAACGGUUCUGCCGGUUUGAAAUCUCAAUCUCUGCUGGCUUUCGUCAUGGCCGCAGUCGCCGAGAUAGGCGCGACAUGGGCGGCAUAG